AAGCAAAAAUUUGUAGGUCGCAAAGGUUAAACCGCGGCUGCUGCCCAAAAAAAUUUCUAGGUCAGUGUUUAUAUGCAUGAACCUUAGUUGCAAAUUCUAGAAGCAGGACAAGGAAGAAGACAGAAAGGUAAAGCAAUUACAUGAAGUAACAGAUAUUGCUAAUAAACAAGAAGAGAGGAACGUUUAAACCAUGUUGUCUUAGACUUAGAAGAGAAGAAGAGGUCGCUGGAUGAGAAUUGAGUGCUUCUUACUCGUACGUUGAAGUCAAGACAGGGACUUGAAUACAACAACAAUUGUAGUCUGGUGGAGUAAAGAGGAUCGAUGGUGGAGGAAUCCAAACGACUGGUUUGCAGCCCAACUUUCUUAAUCUCCUUGCUCAUCUUUCACGCUUUGGCCUACUCUGCAAUAUUUUGCCAGAUUGAUGAAUGGAAGGCAAAGUUCUCAAAUUCAGACAGCAAUCUCGACGCGAAGUUCACAAAUUCGAAUAACCAUCUUGGCACAGGCAGAAAGGUCGCCGUCAAAGAUGUCGUACCCAAGAAAGACCCGCUCAAGAUUAUGCUCAGAAGGCUAUUAACAGGAGAGCAACGGACUCGAUUCGAAGAAACUGGAUUUGCUCACCUGUCCGAGUUGAACUCGGAUAUUUAUAUUUCUAGCAAAGAAGUGAGGUUCGACACGAAUGCUUCCAGGAUUUACAUAUACUCCGAUCAGGAGGAAUUGCACAAGUACACGGCUCAGCCGUACCCACUUAAAAACGAUGGAGUGGCAAUGAAAAUGGUCAAGCCCGUCGAGAUUCAGCACGGUAACAUCCGCCCACCACCUUGUGAUUUCAAACACAAGGUGCCGGCCGUGGUUUUCUCCUCGGGCGGAUUUGCUGGGAACAUAUUCCACGAAUUCAACGACAUUAUCAUUCCCGUCUUCAUCACGAGCCGGCAUUUCAGAUCCAAGGUGAAGUUCAUGAUCACGGAUUACCAGCUUUGGGUGCUCAACAAAUUCAGGAAGGUUUUAACCAAGCUGUCGCAUUUCGAGUUUAUAAAUGCCGCUGAAACUAGUAAGGGGACCAUUCAUUGUUUUCCAGGGGCCAUUGUUGGGCUCAAGUAUCAUGACAAUUUGGCCAUCAACACCAGCGACACCCCAGGAGCUUAUUCCAUGGUCGAAUUCAGGGAUCUGCUUAGAAAAUCGUUUAAUUUGAAGCCGAGGGACGUGUCCCAGAUGCCGGGGACAGAAAAGCCACAAUUGCUAAUAGUGUCUCGCACGAGAACAAGAACUAUAGUGAAUCAAGAAGCCGUGGUGAGGAUGAUGGAGGAGUUGGGCUUUCGCGUGUUCAUUCCUACCAAUGAUCUGAUGUCAAAUUUGGAUGAAUUUUCUCGGGUCAUCGGUUCCAGCAGUGUUAUGGUUGGAGUGCAUGGCGCCGGGCUGACAAAUGAAAUUUUCUUGCCUAACGGGGCUGUCAUGAUUCAGGUGCUUCCACUCGAACUCGACUGGGUUGGAAAUGCAUACUACGGCGGACCGGCAACGGGAAUGGGGUUGCAUUACUUGGAAUACAAGAUUGAGCCUCAAGAGAGCACACUUUAUGAUUUGUAUGGACCGGAUCAUCCCGUGCUUAAAGAUCCCGAGUCUAUCAAAGCACAGGGUUACAGGAAAUCGAGGGUUUAUUAUUUGGACCAGCAGAAUGUGACGAUCAAUUUGGGAAGAUUUAGGAAUACCCUUCUCGAAGCAAUGAGGCUUAUUGGGCGCUCCACAACAAACCCUCCAAACUGAAGAAGAAAAUAGUUUCUUUCUCGUUUGGUUUAGUUUUGGCUGAGUAUUUUUUUGGUUGUUUUAUGACGUUACGUAAUAGACAUCCCCCCUGGAAAGAGAAAACCUUUGCCGCCUUGCUGCGGAGGGAAUCAGUCAUUGGUUGCAAAAUUAAGGCAAACUUUGAUAGAGGGUUGGCAUAAACUAUGGUCCCUCUAAUUGUACAAGUCUUAUGUGUUAAUAAUGUUGAGUAGUUCUUAAUGUUGAAACAAACAAUUGUACUUAUUGCAUUGGGUUUACAAAACAUAGGGUGGUUUUCGAAGA